GGGAAGGACAAGAUGUUUCAGGUGGAGAAGAAAGAGUUUUCAGAGCAUUUCGCCAGGGGCCCGCGUGUGAGCGUCGCGAACACUUGUGGAGAUUUCAUGAGCGAUAGCUCCAGCCUGGUGAGUGACUUGGACGAGACGGACUAUGAGGUUGGCCGCCUGACGGCGUUAGCCUUCCGGAGCCUGGCGUGUCCCGCCACCAGCUACAUGGAGCUCUUCGAGUCCGGGGGCUCCAUCGAUCUGUCCCUGGCGCUGUCCGGGGACAGCAGCGGCACCACGCAGUGGUCCACCCCGGGCGAGCCGGGCUCGAGGCCGGCCAGUGAGCAGCCUGGUCCCGGAGCAACCCCCCAGCUCUGCAGCGGCCCCUUCGAGUGUGUGGAGGUGGCUGUGGGAAGCCGGGAGGAUAGCUCCGGGGGGCGGGGGGAAGCCCGCACUGUCCCCAAGAGGGAGAUCCAGUUCAAGAAGAGGGAGAGGAGUGAGCUGAGCGUUUUCCGGGCCAGCGAGGCCAGUGCCUGCCCAGAGCAGAGAAAGACCAUGUCCCGGGAAGAGGAGGGGAGGGCCACUUUCCUGCACAGAGCUGAGCCCCAGGAAGAAAGCUUCAAAAAGGCCAAGUUUGCCUCCUCCCACAUCUCCAAUGUCAUCUCCAAGAAGAUGCAGUUUGAGCAAGAGCUCAAAAUGGAGCGGGGGGCCAUCCAGGAUCCUUUCUCGUCUGUGCCUUCCACCCCGUCCUCAGCGCAUGUCAAGGAGUUUGAGUUGCCCCUGCCAGGGUUCACUCAGGAGGGCGAGCACUCAGAGGUGGAGCUUGGCAGAAGCUGGGAGUUCAGCACCGAGCUGCUGGGAGGCACCAGGAGUGCGGCGCUGCAGGAGAGCUGCCCUGAUACUGUCUCUCCACACCCCAGCGGCUUCAGGAGCUGGAAGGAGAGCUGUACCGAGGAUAAGAAAGCAGCGAAGCCAGGGAAAGCAGGAUUCCCCAAUGAUUCACAACCAGAAAAGGCCACUGCACACAACAGCCAGGAGGAGAGAUAUGUCGAGCAUAUCCCACGGUUAACCAAACAGGCCAGCUACUCCAAGGACAGCCAGCCCAGUGUUCUUGAAGACAAGCCCAGCUAUAAACAAUGGGGUAAUAAAAUAGACACUAGAAACCCAUCCAGGAGCAACAUAAUGCCACAACCACCCAAGGUGACACCUGCUCUUCCAACCGCACAUGAGAAGCAAAUGGACCCAUAUGGAACAGUCGAACAGCUUGCUCCAAACAUAGGCUCCCACAGCAAGAUCAUCCCUCUUGACCCUAAAUAUCAGACUCUGCCUGCUUCAUUUAAAUUUGAGACAGACGAUUGUAGAAUCGUUGACCCCCAGUUUGACCGAGGUGAUUCGACAGCACAGAGAGCAAAAGGACCCAUCCAUCAGGUUCGAGAUGUGCGCAAACUGGUCAAGAAUACCUACGGGGCAUUAAGUUUCCAUGCCUCUGAUGCCAAACCUUCUGGGUUUUUUCAUCCUGAUGGUUCACAGCUACCUGCAGAGCCUGAUCAAACCAAUGUACCGGUGGGCAGCAUCCCAACAUUGCCUAUGAACAUCCAAUGCAAAUCCGUAAAUUGGAAAGGCAACAGAGAAAUGUCUUAUAGUUCAUCGGUAGACAAGAAAUAUUGGACCUACGCAGGCAGUACAGACACUUCCAGGUUAUAUGCAUCUGAUAUCAAGCUGCUACUUCCAUCUGAUAUAAAGAAAAGCAAGACAGAUACUCCUAAAAAAGCAGAGAAUGAAAAUCAGAUUUGCAAAACUGUUGGGAAAGCAGAGGGUGCAGAGGCAAUUCAGCCUGCAGAUUCAAAGAACAUCAAGAAGAAAAACAAAAUUGACAAACCACAGAGCUCAUCUGCUUCAAGUAAGGAAGCUACCAGGGUUUCUCCUGUAAGAGAUAGCUGUAAAAGAGAUACAGAAGAGAAAAAAAAUCGAAGUUUGGUGAGGAGGCUUUCAACUAGUGAAGAUCGUAAUUUGAUGCCUGACAUGGACAAGGUCAAAAAGUGUUGGUCAACUAGUGUGGAAAACCAGUGCCCAGAUUCAUCACUGUUGAAUUCGUGUUCGAAAGUUAAUAAAGUUGAGACUGUUGGAGAAAAAUCAAAGAAAGCUUCAGCACAAUCCAUUCCGAAACAAGACAAUACUGUGCUCAGCAAUAAUGUUGGUAUCGAAAAAGAUGACCCAGUGAAACUGCACAGCCAAUUAAAACCUGCUGGAACUGUCACUUCACUCAAAGUGGAUUUGAGUUUGACACAUGGGAGAAGUGAUUCAAAAAAAGAAGCUCAAGACAAACCAGAAAAUCAAAAUAAACACCAGAAGAUUACGAUUUCAAAAAAUAACUUUACCAAAACAUUGGCUGAGAAGGAUGAGCCAUUAAACCAGAACAAACAUUUAAAAAUUUCAACUUCCAAUUCAGUCAGUUCAAAUAUUUUGAAAGGAAAAGAUACAUCAGAGAAAAAGGUUGACUCAAGAUUAGAUCAGCAGAAGACACUUCGAAAGAUGUCUUCGUCAAAAAAUGACAGCACUCAAGAAUUAACCAUGAAGGGGGAAUUUUACAAAGAAGGUCAGUUCAGAAAGUUGGGAAGUAAGAAUGACAAUUCUGAAAAUGUGGUUUUAAAGGUUGAAGAAAUUAAAGGAAAUGAGGGACGUGGAAGAGAAGGUCAAGUCAAGGUGGAACGGCAGAGUAAACACUUUGGAAAAUCUACUGCCAGUAGUGAGGAUAUACUGUCGCCAAUUGGGAAUGAUGAUGAUGUAAGAAAAUGUCAGACUGGAUUGGAAAAGAAGUCUGUAGUGAUGAGUGGCUCCCUCUCACAAAUUGUAGACAACUCAAAAAUACCUGAGAGAAGUGAGCCUAGAAAUGAGACAAACAUUGGAUGGCAAAAGGAAAAGAGAUUCUCAUGUAAUUCCACCUUAAACAGUGAAGUCAUCAAAUCACCACCUGGGAAAUAUGAAACUGUCAAAGAUAUCCAAAUUCGAUUAGAGAAUCAGAGUAAGAAACUGGGAAGCUCAAAUGAAGAAAAGUCACUGUCUGGGAAAACCAAAGCCAAUAAUGAGAGCCAGUGUGUUCUGGAAAAUCAAAAAACCUGUCAGGAUUAUUGCACCCAGUCUAGUGAAAGCAUUAAGCCAUCCAUUUGCAAGACUGAGACUAAGACAGAGAGUCUGACUGAAUCUCAGAAACAAGUUAAAAAGGGGAGAGCUGAACAAGCUUCAGAGAAAGCAGGCAUGAAAAUGCUAAAGGAAUCACAGCCAAUCAAAGAUAGUUAUGUUUUGUCACUGAUUUUAGAAGAAGAAAACAGGAAUAACUUGGAGUCUGCCGAUGCCAAAAUGAAAAACAAACAAUCGUUAUCUGUGAAGCAUCAAUUCCUAAAUGAUGCUGGUGCACAAGCUUCUAUUUCCUCUUCAGUUAACAGCACAGAUAGACAAACCGUAUCCUCUGUGAAACCCACAGAUCACCACCAAACAGUAACAAGUUCAGUGAAGACACCAACUCACAAACUGGAAAAUCAUAGUGACUCAAGAGGUUUGUCAGCUUUCACCGCUGAAAUCCCUGUAUCAACACCCAAAGCAGUGUGUCAGCAGACACAUUUGCAGACCCACUCAAGUUCAACAGAGUUUAAUGUGAAGACACUCCCUGCUGUCAGGCUGACCAGCCAGGAUAUGAACAAGCUGAGUUCCUCUGCAGGUGAAACACAGUCCACAGGUGGAGCAGUCACUCAGGAACAAGCAUCCCUUUCCCUCGAUAGCUUAAACUAUCUUGCCAUUCCUCUGAAAGAGCAGAAGGCACAGGUUCCCAGCGUGGGACUAACAGCUGUUUCUCCUCGAUCUGCCACCUUCAAAGCAAAUCCACCAUCGGCGAUCCCCUACUUCCAGCAUCAGCAUAGUGUAGAGGCAAUGGAUCCUCAAAGGCAAGAGAAACAGACAAUGUCUCAUCAGGUUCCCCAGGAUGCACAGUCCCCUGGUGCUCAGCUGAAAAAUCCAUCUUACUCUUCCGUAAACCAAACCCAGCCUCCAUUCUCUCCAGGUGCGAGGGCGUCAAACCUAGCGGAGACAGUUUGUGAAGUUCCACAAACUUCUCAAGACGUAGACAACUCUCCCAUGCCUUGUUUUCAGUACCCUCAAACUCAGAGAAAAAUGCUUGUGGAUCCAGAAACUGGAAAAUAUUACUUUGUGGAUGCUCCAGUUCAACCUCCUCGUAAAAUGCUGUUGGACCCGGAAACAGGGCAGUACGUGGAAGUCAUGAUGCCUCAGCAUCCCUACGGUGGAGUAUACCAAGUGCCUUUCCCUCCUUACCUUAUAAAUCCAGGAGUUAUGAGCCCAUCUUAUUUACCAAAUAUGCCAUACCCUGGGUUGUUUGUUGGACCUCCUAUAUCUUCUCAAAGGCCUCUGGAAAUGCAAGGCCAAGUACUGUCCCAGCCAAAUAUCCCACAAGAUAAAACAGAUUCGCAGCAACAUAAACAGUACGUCCAGAGGAGUUUCUCUGCUGAUUCGGCAAACGUGGAGAACUUGUAUUGUAUACCAACAGGUAUGCCAUUAUAUCCCAAUCCAGGCCAUCCUGGUCUGCAGCCAGUACCCUUGCAAGCUAAAUCUUGUGCUGAAAUUAGAGACAGCAAAACUACAGGCAUUUGGUCAAUGCAACAAAUUUAUGGAGUCAGCAACCUGCUCCCCCAUGGAAGGCCAAGUAGUUUUAUGGUGGAGUAAAAAAUAAACAGGUGCAUUUGAUGACAGGCUUUGAUGGGGCAAUGAGAACUUGCAGCCAAGCAAGAAGUAAGCAUCGACCACAGAUUCAACCACACAGUCAUGUCAGAGAUGAAUGGCAUUCACUGAAGAGUAUUUUCCUCUAGACAUCAUACUGUUAUCGGUCCAGCGACACACAGUGCAAUGGGAAAACCACUCAUAGUUUAUUGAAGUGAUGUUGAAAAACAUCUUGUGAAGUCCCAGCUCCUUACAGCAAAGUUGAGCAUCAAAUUGGGCUAGGUCCUUCAGAAUGUUUUCAUUUCCAUUGGAAUCUGAUCAAUCAAUGCAACGCUUGAAAGGGCUCAAUGACUUUGGCCUCGUAUCUGGGGAGAAAGGAAUAACGUUGAAGGUGUUUGGUUACUCUUUCUUAAAGCUAUUGCAAAAGAACAAUUUACUGUGCCACGGCAAAGAGUAAGAGGGCAAACUUAUGCCAUAGACCCAUGAUUCAUUUUCUUGAUUGUUAAACAGAUUCCAUCUUAUUGUCUACAAAAAGAGACGUUGAAUAUAUCUGUGACUCUUAAAUAAUGUUCACUUGUGUCAGGUUUUGUGUGUGUGAAAUUGCCAGCAACACAGGUCACAAUUUCAGAGUUAACUGGAGUGAAUGUUGCAAAGGCAUGGAAAUGUACCCUCUUGUUUUUGGGAAAAUUUUCAUUUCAUUGUGUAUCAUGCAUGUGAGAAUGUUUCUCUCAGUCUUCAGUACUUCACUAUGCUGUCAGAAACUGAACUUAAUAUGUUUGUAAGGAGGACUUGCUUUAUUAACUUGACAAGUACCAAGAGGUUUUAUUUGGCGCAUUAGUUACUAAACCAUCCUCUACCAUCUCAAAGUAAUUGACAAACCUGUCAAUAGGAAAUUGCUUUUUGGGGAUUCUUUAACAUGUUUCACAAGUCCUGUCAGCAUGAAAGUUAAACAAGGCUAGACUAUAUAGGGGUGUUGCUGGGAAAAUACAAGCUCAGCACUUUGAAAUUAGUGAUGUUACAGAUAAAUCUUUGCACAAGUAUCACCUCUAAUGAUUGAAAUACUAAUGACCGACUAACUUCAAUUUAUGUGCUAGUAAUAUAUGAUAAUGAUACAAUAUAAUUGAAAGAUACUUGUAUUUAUAUAUCUUAGUGAUCUCCACAGUGAGUCAUCAUCGAAGAGCAGUGACUUGUUAUGUUGGUAAAUGCUUUGUGAGUGGGAAAGACCUGUUGUUUUUGGGUGUUGCCAAUAUCAAAGGAAGUAAGAUAGACUAAAUAAAAGUUUCUCUAGCCUUGACAUGGGGGUAGGAGCCUGUGGAACUGGUGAGCCAAGAUUUGGAUUGUUGUAAAAUAAGAUUUUCUAAUCUAUGCCAGGCAGUUGGUGACGUAGGUGCAUGAUUGCACUUUGAUGCCAAGUUGCAAGUAUGAAGCACUCUCAGACUGACAAUGGCAAAGCUCAGAUAUAGAGUAAAAAACUGCUCUUUCUUAAUUAACAAUCUGCUCCUAGCUGUAAGAUUCCCUUCUGUGCCAUGUGAACUUUCCAUUAAAGACACCUUGCCAAUUUUGUGAAUGGGAUGACCAAUUCUUAAAAUGCUCGGCUUGAUUCCUGCUGGGAUAUAUGUGCUGCCAAGGUAUAUGUGAGAGAUUCUCAUGCUGUCUGAUUCACAGAAUUGUUAUAGUAUGGAAGGAAGCCAUUCAGCCCAUCAUGUCCACAUCCUGAUCUCGAAGCAUGUUGACUUAGUGCCAAUCUCCUACCUUUUCCCUAUAAUCCAUCUCAUUGUUUCUAUUUAAGUAAUCUUAUAGUGUCUAAAAUAAAAAGAAAAAAAAGACAAAUCAAUUCAAUGUGGAACGGAACUGAAAGCUCCUCUCAGGGACAGGACUGCCAUUGCUUGUUGGAAAUACUCUGAAGUCCUGCCAAAUGAUCCAGUAUACUUAGAAACAGACAACUGUAACACUAAGUAAGAACAUCAGAACUACUUAUGUGCUGCAUUCACUCCCCUCCUUGAACACUCAUUCAGAUAAAUCCCAAAGAGCUGCUGCUGUAGCAGCUCCUGUUUGACUCAGAACAGAGCUAUAAACCCUGUGGAAUACAGUACAGGAAUAUAUCUGAAGAACAAACUCACUUGCUCACAUAAAUAGUGCAGGACAUAAAUUCAUCGAAUGAUAUGUCACAGAAAGAGGCCAUUCUGCCCAGGUACAUCUAUCUGAUGAGCCCCACCUGCCUGUUCUUUCUCCAGGGGCCUGCCAAUGUUUCCCCUUCAAGUACUUAUCCAGUUCCCUUUUGAAAAUGACUAUUGAGUGAAUCCACAGCACCAUUUCAGGCAGCACGGUCCUGAUCAUACAUCCCUGUGCAAACUUUUUUCCUUGCAGGGCCUUUCUGUUUCAUUCACCAAUUGUCUAAAACCUGUGGAAAAAGAGACUGACUUUCUGUGGAUGGAUUCAAGGUAUAAAAGCUAACCUCUAUGCUGUGUUGAUACACUGGAAUAUAUUACUGUCUGGCUUGUCCAUUUACCUUGUGUGUUACAGUGUGGCACAAUGGCUGACACUGUUACAGGUGUUCAAGGACUGGCACAGGCAUAAUGGGCCAAAUGGCCUCUUUCUGACUUGUACAGUUCCAUGAUUCCUAUUGGAAUAUUUGUGUGGAAGGUGAGGGGAGGACAACAUGUGGCUGUAAUGUCUGCUGUUGUCAACUAUCUUAAGAACACCUAUAUUCUGAGCAUUCAUCUGCUGAAAGGACUGCUAGGCUAAAAUAGUGGAGGAGAACUGCUAGCUAUACACCUGGAUUCCAGCAACGCCGGGUCAAUGAAUGACAGUCAUCAACAAUUUGGUGCAAAUUGAAUCUAAAGUUAACUGUAAAAGAUGUAAAAUUCAGAGUUGAGACUGAUACCUUUAUCCUGUCCAUGCCUCAGUAGUAUCACUCUUGUCUGUCAGUCACAAAGUCAUGGAUUUAGGUUCCAAUUCAGAAACUUGACAACGAGGAUUAGACUGACAGUCCAGUGUAGAACCUUGGCAGAGGUGCUUUUCUUUUGGAAAAGGUGUUAGACCAAUGCCCUGUUUGUUCUCUCAAGAAGAGGUAAAAGAUUCAGUGGAGAACUAUUUCAAAGAAAACCAAGAGUCUGGCUGAAAUGGAUCCUUCAAGCAUCACCAAAAUCAGAUAUUCUGGUCAUUUAUUUCUGUGGAGUUUAUGAGCGGUUGCUGUGCACAAAUUGCCAUGGUGUUUCCUAUAGUACACAGUGACUGUGCAUUAGGAGGAUUUUCUAGAUCAUACAGUGCCUUUGGGGACGUUGUAAGUUUGUGAAAGGUGCUGCUUGUCGUAAGUUCUUCUUAUUGCUUGAAAUCAUAACAGGUAUAGUGUGUUCAGUAGUGACUUUAGUAAAUGAAUUGUGGAGACAUAUAUUUACAUUGAAUCAUACUCCUCAUUGAUGUUGAAUUCAUGUUUCCUGGAAGUUGAAAACACCAUUUCUAGCCAUGCUGUUGUUUUGUGCUAAAUAGUUACACAUGUUUGUAUCUGUUGUUGUAUCAAUAAUAUGCAUCUUAUGUUGAAUAACAAAUAAACACCUCCUGAGAGAC